CGAUCUUCAUAACCUUUUACUCCUUUACCACAAAGGGAAUGGCGAACCCAAAUCCGUUAAUAUUGAAGGACCAGGUCCAGUACCUUUGACUAUUUGUUCUAAACAAACCGUUACUUGGACGACUACAGGAUUUUCUGCUGAUGAACCAAUAACUUACGCUAUUCUCGCAGAACAUAAUCCUACCCCACCCUUUAUUGCUGAUGCAUGUUAUGCAAUUAAUUUUCGUACAAUUUAA